AUGCUUAUUGUUGGAACGAGAGGAGAUGUACAACCAUUUGUUGCCAUUGGAAAACGUUUACAGGAAGAUGGGCAUAGGGUUAGACUAGCAACUCACUCAAAUUUUAAAGAUUUUGUGUUGACUGCUGGAUUGGAGUUUUUUCCUCUUGGAGGAGAUCCAAAAGUUCUUGCUGGCUACAUGGUCAAGAAUAAAGGUUUCUUGCCAUCGGCACCUUCGGAAAUACCUAUUCAGAGGCAACAAAUGAAGGAUAUCAUAUUCUCUUUACUUCCAGCAUGCAAGGAUCCUGAUCCUGAUACAAAUGUUGCAUUUAAACCAGAUGCAAUAAUUGCAAACCCCCCAGCAUACGGAACUUUAAAGUUUUAA